GCUAACCAUCGCGGAUGAUAUAGCUUCAAUGGGGUCCGAUGAAGAUCAGUCGCUUGUCGGGAAGCAUGAAGAAGCAGAAAAGCAGCGCCCUCACUACCCAGACUCCGAUGGAGCGAAACACCAAACCGAGUGUUCAACCACAUCCGCUCUCAACGGAUCGCAGGCCGCUAGGCGCUUGACCCUCGACGGCCUUCUUCCAGAAAUUCAGUUGCAGGUCCUCCGCAAUCUCUCGGACCUGGAUGACCUCCACGCUGCCAUUUGCGCCUCGCCCACUUUGCAUAAAUGUUAUCUCACAGCGAGGCGCGGACUCCUAUACUACCACCUAGGCAAGACCUUCCGCAGCCAUCGCGUACUUGUUGACGCCUUUGCGGCUUAUAAGCUGGGCAUUCUGCGCGAGUCAACUAGUGAAGAUAAACUUAAGCUUCUGGAGGAGUUCAUGGAUACAUAUAUCAAGUUGCAGUCCGAUCCAGAGAGUUUCAGAGCAGUAUAUACUGUUGAUGAUCUGGCCAGCAUCGCACGUUUCUACUCCUUGAUUGUAAAAUCUGUCCUCUCAUGGCUUUUGCGUCAAUGGGGUCGUCAAGAGGCGAAAGACUGUAGCGUAUCAAGUGCUAGCGCUACAGAGAGAAUCCGUAUGAUCCGUGGGCUCUACCAUUUCGAGAUGUGGUGUAGCUACUACGGCCUGGGGAGUAUCACCGCUCGUCUGCUGCCGACGACGUUGAAUGCCGACAUGCUGCGCUUUCUGAACAAAUACCUAUAA